AGGGUUUUUGGGCUGGGUAACUCAGAGGUUCCGAAAACACCUGAUUUAUUAUACAGCGAAAUGUCAACCAUAAAAAUUAUUGAAAUUAAAAAGUUCUAAUGUUGUCAAUGUCACGUGUCAAGAAACAAGAAGCAACAAAACUUUGUCAAGUUUGACUUUUUGGACAAAAAAAUAUUUUAAAAAUGAUUUUUUACAAAUAAUCCUUAAAAUUAUGUUUAAUAAACCGUUGGGUAAUUCAUCAAAAAACUAUGAACAAAAGAACAGUUUCUUUUACCUCGUGUUAAAAGCCCUAAAAUGUUUACAUGGAAGCAAAAAAACCGCCCAUGGAGCUCGAUUAAAAGAUAUCGUGAACUAUUUCGACCAAACUUAUAAUUUCGUAGGAGACUUGCAGAGCCAAGUAAGAAACGCGUUAGAUAUUGGUGAGGAAAGACGAUUCAUUAAAAGAAAAGGAGAUAAAUUUACUCUUGUUUCUCCUGUAGCGACAUUACAACUCAUACCAUCUGAAUGCCAAAUGGUGGAAAUCGAUCGAAUACAAAAAAUAUUUGAACCGGCCUGGUGGACGGAAAAGGAGAGAUCGUGUGUUAAGAAAAGCAAGACUUUAAGAAAAUGCGGGGUUGAUACUAAGAAAUCGUGUAUUAACAAAAGCAAGAAUUUUAGAAAAUGCGGGGGUAAUGAUAAUACAAAUACCUGUAGAUGUUCUUUAAUGCAUCAUUCUGAGGAAAGAAGCUUUAGGAGCCCGAAAAGGCAAUGUCAAAAAUCGUGUAGAGAUAGCUCGGGUAGUUCAAGACAAAGUGACGAGAAGAAAAAGUCUACUUAUACAUUAGGAAAUACGUUCAAAAAAUUUGCAAAGCAGAUUUCAAAUCAACUCAGUUCCACCACAAACAGAGAUGAAUGUACCCAAUAUAUGCCAAGUAAAAGAAAAUUAAGAAGUUGUAGGACCCUAUCGCAUAGUAGUAAACCAAAAAAAAGAAAAAAAUCAUGUUACUCCUAUUGCUAAUUCUUCAAGUAUAAAAUUGUUUUAAAUAAAUGUAUAACAGCAUAUAAAAUAUGUAAGGUAACUCUGGUUUUAUUAGAAACUUUAUUUGUAAUAUUUUUAUGUAUAACAUACUAAAAAUUGUUUAAAAAGUGAAAUAUAUUUUAACUAUAACCUAUUAACAUAAUUUACAAACGUUUUUAUAUCCUCUUCAUAUUUUUCUUUGGUUUCAAUGGUAUGUUCUUCACUUAGAACAUGAAGAUGAAUUUCUCCAUCAGAUGUUCCCAGAAUC